UAAAAAAUCUUUGUUUUAGUUACUCCUUUGAUGUUAGCAGCUAAGAAAUCCCCAAGAAGUAUAAUCUCAGUACUGCUGGAGUACAAUGCUGAUAUUAAACUAUGUGAUAAUGAGGGGAAAACUGCGUAUGAUUACACCAAAAACCAACAGGUCCUUAGUUUUAUCCGUGAAUUUGAUACUUCUGAGGAACCUGUUACAUGCUUCCCAUCUAAGCCAAAUCUUGAAGAAGCACCCCCUGCAGAGGGUGCAGGUGCUGUGCAUCAAGGGAAUGAUGUUGAUGAAGAUGAUGAUCAUAUUGAUCAUGGUAAAGAAAGGGUUGAAUCUGAUCUUGAUGAAUGGGUAGAAGAACACAAUGAACCCAACAAUAGAGAUGAUAUACCUGAGCACAGUUCCCUUUCCUCGUGGAAUGAUUCCGAAAAUGAAACUUCAAUUAAUUUUAAUCAAAAUAAUAAUCUAUUGAAAGCAAAGAGUAUGUUUAACCUGUCAAAAUUUAUUGGCUCGGAAGACGACUCAGAUAAAGACGACCUUCAAACAGUAAAAAAUCCUCCAAUCUUAAAAAAGAUCUCUUCAAGUCCCAUGGGUAUUAAAAAGUGCCAACAAGAAAACUCGCCGCGUUUGCUGUCUGAAGAAAACCCAGAUAACAGUUUGAAUAAAAGAACACGCCAUGUAUCGGAAAGCUUAUCUGAAAACAGCUUGCAUAAGGAAAAAUGCCUGAAGCUAAGUGUAUGUGGUCCUCCGAAGCCCCCUCGAAGUUAUGAUUCUGUUGAAAACCUUGCUUCUUUGGGCCAACAGCAAAUUUACUAUAUACCUUUGGAAGAAAGCAGACUUCAGGACAGCAAAGAAUGCCGCAAGGUAAGUAUAGUAGAUGAUGACGAGGACAGCCUAGAGUCUCCGGUCUGGUCAGAGGACGACAAUAUUCAGUCAUUUGGUCUUUAUUCUAACCAUAAGGUGAGAGAGAAGACGGAGACGGAGAACGGAGAAAAUGAAGAGAAAUUGGGCGGAGAGGUUAAAAUAAAUAUUGUCGGAGAAGUUAAAAUAAAUAUGGGCGGAGAAGUUGAAACAAAUAUGGGCGGAGAAGUUGGUGAUGAGAGGAAUGGUAUAGAAUCUGAUAAGGAGGAAUCUUCCCAACAGGUUGGAUAUGGAGAUACUCUAGGUAGGGUUGGAACACUCCAGGAGAGAGAAGAGAUAUGGGAGAACCAGCAAAUCUUCAGUCCUUCUACCCGAAAUGAAAACGACAAUGAUAUAAGCAUAGAGAAACAAAAUGUGAAGAAGUGGAGUGCUGAAGAGGAAGAAGAAAAAACGAAGAAGACGGAAAAGGAAACUAAUGAGAAAGAACAUGAAUGUAGGGAUGAAGAUGAAAGUUGGAAUGAAGAGAACGUAGUAAAAGAAGAAGAGUUUAUAAAAACAGAACAGUUUAGAUUAGAUUCUAAAACAGAAAAAGAAACAAUUGUAAGAAAACAACAUUCACAAGAAAAUUAUGAGAAGGAAGAAAAGGUGAAGAAAACAGAAACGAGCUUUAUCGAUGAAAAUGAGAGAGAGAAUAAGGCAAUGGAAGAAAUAACUGAGGAUGAGAAUAGGAUCCAAACCAAACCAAUUCCAAUGCCAAGAAGUAACAUAAGUUCUCCUUUACGGUUUGAUUCUUCAAGUAACAAACCUGUAAUAAACCCACUAAAAGAUUUUGAGAGACCGGAGCGGAAAAAGAAAAAGUUGAAGCUAAGAGAACGAAACUCCUCCAGUAGUUUCAACAAAUAUUCAAGAAAACCAGUUGAAAUCUGUAAUCCUGAAUAUGAAAAUAAUCUGACAGAGAUCUCAAACCUUAUCCUCAAACUUGAAGAAGCGUUUGAUAUACAAUCCUUGGAUGUUUCACAUUCUUCAAGGACCAGAGAAAAUACAAAACUGCGAAACUUUUUGAAUUCUCACACCGAGCUCCUGAAGAGUUUAAGAGAGACACAUAAUCAGACCGUGGAAGAACUUUACAAUGAGAACAGGAAGCUACGGGAGAAGAUGAUGAUGGUUGCGAAGGAGAAGGAUAACCUGGAAUUGGAACACUCACUCAUAAAGGGACGACUAGGAACUAUAGAUUGUUUAAAGACGAGUUUACUUGAUGAACUGGACGAACAAGGAUCUUGUAUUAAAGAUAAAUCCCAGGCUUUAGUACAGCUGGAAACCGAGAUGUUGAUUCUAAAAGAAGAAAAUGCUUGGUUUGAAAACAAUUACGAAACCUUCAAUGAUCAGCUGACUCAGCUGAAGAAUGAGAUUGAAAAUCUACGAAAUAAAAACGAAAUGUUAGAAAAAGAGAAUACUUUGCGCUGUGAGGAAAAAGAUGCUAAAAUAGCUGCUUGUGAGAAACAGAUUCAAGUAUUAAAUGCUGAUCUAACAGCUCAUCUUACAGCUCAAACGGGAAAAUCUGCCAAAACAUCUUUGGAAGAAAAAACCCCUUCAGAAAUUGCAGAAAUGAACUCUAUUAUAGAAAAACUUGAAAAUGAUGUUACAGAAUUAAAUGUAGAAUUGAACAAGAAGACAGAAGAACAUUUAAAAGACAAAAACCUUUGUCUUUCCCUACAAAAGAGUUUAUCGACGCAAGAGGAGUUAACUAAGAAUAUAGAGAAUAAGUUGGAAAGAAAAAACGCAGAAUUGCUUGAAAUCCAAGAUGUUUACGCCACAGUUCAGCUUGAAAACAAAAAUCUCGUCAGAGCCUGCCAGAUUCUCGAAAAAGAGUCUGAAGAACAAAGAGAAGAAUUGGAAGCACUAAAACUGGUUGUAGAAGUAAACAAUGAGGAAAUAACAACGCUGACCACUAAACUAAAAGAACCAAAUAUCAAUGAGGUUUCAAACAAAGAAUUAAAAGAUGUUAACGAUGCAUUGACCAAAAACGAAGAGGAGCUUAAUAACCUGAAGAAAACAUUAGAGACUGCAAAUCGUGUUUUGGAGGAGAAAGAUGAGAAACUCAAUGAUCUUGAAGAAACUAUUGAAAACCUAAAUGAAAAAAUCCGUUCUCUUAAAGAUAUUAUUCUUAAUCUAGAAAACCAAUCUUUUGAAUUAAGCUUGAGACAAGAAGGAGAAAAUAUAGAAAUCAAAGCAAAGGAUGAGAAAGAAAAUGAAAGAAGCCAAGACAUAAACGAACUAAGAUACAAGCUUCAAGACGUUGAGAUCACUAGAGCUAAACUAGAGAAAUCUGUUGAUGAACUUACCCAAAAACUAGAAAAUAGAGAUUUAGAGAUACAAAACUUAAAGGACUUAAAGAAUAAGUCUUUAGAUGACCUAGAUAAUGCAUUUAAGGCCAGAGACUUAGAGAUACAAAAUCUAGAAGAGUUAAAGAAUAAGUAUAUAAAAGACUUGACUCAAGCUAUUGAGAAAAAAGACCUAGAGAUAAAUAACCUUAAAGAAACAAAAGAAAAGGCUAUAAGUGACUUAACUCUAGCUAUAGAAAAAAGAAUUUUGAAUAUAAAAAAUCUAAACGAACUAAAGGAUAAGUCUAUAAAUGACUUGACUCGGGCUAUUGAGAAAAAAGACCUAGAGAUAAAUAUCCUAAAAGAAACAAAAGAAAAGUCUAUAAAUGACUUAACUCUGGCUAUAGAAAAAAGAGACUUAGAUAUACAAAAUCUUAAAGAACUGAAGGAUGAGUCUCUACAUGACUUGACUCUAGCUAUGGAGAAAAAGGACCUAGAGAUAGAAAAUCUAACCCUGGAUAUGAAUUCUAAAGAUCUAGAAAUCAGAAAUCUAGUUGAAAGUAAAGAUGUGCUUGUGUCCGAAACCAAGCAAGAACUGCUGGCAUUAUCAGUGGCAUUAAAGCAUAAAGAUGAAGAAAUUACUUUGCUUGGAUCCAAAUUGGAAUUGGAUAAAAAUAUGGAUAUGGAUAAAAAUAUGGAUAUGGUUGGUUUGAACCAGUUCAACAAUACAUCCAAAAAUCUUCAGUUUGUACUGAAAGAAACCCAGGAACAUUUAGCCGCCGCAGAAACUGCAUUUUUGGAAUUAUCAAAAAGACAUGAAUUAAUUUUAUCUGAAAACAAGGCUUUAAGAGAAAAACGUUCUGAAAUGGAGGAUAACUUAGAGGAAGUUGAAUCUAAGGAGAUCCGGAGGUUGGAGGCUAAAAUACUGAACCUCCAGCAGAAACUGGAGGCCAUCAAGGAGGAGAUGAACAGCCUGGAGUCCGACAAGGAUGCUCUCCAGGAGACAGAGCAGAGACUAAACCAGAGGAAUAGAGAACUGGAGAACAAAUUAAUUGCUCUUAGAGCAGAAUUAGAUCGGACACGAAGCGCCAACAAUGCAAAUGAUGAAGAUUUAGAGAAAUUGUUACAGGAGCUGAGGGAUAAGGAGAAGGAAUUAAAGCGGAUGGGUCAGGAGAAACAGAGAGAAGUUGAGGAACUAAAAUCUCAGAUUAAUCAGGAACAAUUUAGUUUCUUUAUUCAGGCUCGCACGCAGGGAAUGAAGUUUCAUACUUUUUCAUCAGUCAGAGAAGAGAUAUCAAGCUAUAGUUCUGUGAAAGUUGAAGACGACAUUGAGUCCAGAAUAGAAGCUCUCACUUCUAGAAUACAGGAAUACAAGGCUAAAGAAUCGACGUUUGAAAGCAUAUUAUCGGAGCACACUAAGUUCAAAAUAUCUCUUGAACAAUGCGAACUGCAAUUGGUAACUAAGGAGAAGCGUAUCCUGGAAUUGGAGGAUGAGGUGAAGAGGUCAGAGGACAGGUUGAAGAAGGUUUUGAGGUUCCUAGAGGAGCAGACUACCAGGGUCAAUAUCCUGGAGGAGAACUACAACAACACACAGAAGGAGAAAGCCAGCUUGCUUCAGAAAUUGAACCGAACUGAAGAUUCAGAAAAUAUUAUUGAAGAACUCAAAAAUCAGCUCAGAAUAGAAACAGAUCGAAAACAUAGGGAGGAGAAAAAUUGUGAAAACCUGAAGGACAAUAUUUUUAAAUUAGAAAAAGAAGUUCAACAUUUGAAAACUGUUCAUGAAAAAGAGAACACAAGGCUACGAGUUGUUAUCAAUGAUCUGGAGACUGAAUUUAAAAAUGAAAACUUUAAUCUUCGUCAAAACAUUUUGAAAAAUACUCGGUUGAAAGGUGAGCUGGAUGAGGAAAGGAAAACCAGGAAGAACCUGAGCUCCGACCUGGACCUCCUUGAGCACACCACCAGGGAGAUCAACAAGAACAAGGAGAAGGAGAUGAGGGAGGAGAAGAGAAGGAGGGAGGAGGAGGAGAGGAAGGUUGAAGAACUGGCAGGAAAACUAGAAGAAGAAAGAAGAAGAAGAGCUGAACUAGAGAAUAGAUUAGAAAAGGAAAGGAAACUGCUGGAGAAAGAGAAGAAUGUUGGACUAAAACUCCGUGAUCUCGAGUUCGAAACUUCAACUUUGAAGAAGAAUAAUUCAGGAUUAGAAAAUGAACUCAUCAAAACUAAAGAGAAACUCAGUACACUAGAUGAUAUUCUUCAUGAAAACAGAGAUCUUCAAGAAGCAGUUUUAAAAAAAGAUCAAACAAUUGAAGAACUUCAGAACAAGCUUUCAAGAGUUAGAAUUGACGAAGAGACGAGAUUUCAGAAAACCUUGGAUAGAUUACGAACUGAAUAUGAAAUAAUGGCGAAAGCAACAGUAAACACUAAACUUAGGAAAAUAAAUAAUUAUAUCGGAGAAAAGAAUAAACGACAAGAAGAGUUUGAAAAAGAAAAGGAGAGCCUUACAACCGGAAUUCAGUCGGAUUUGGAGGAAAGGCUCGCCAAUACUCUCACAGAACUUUCCAGUAUCAGAAACAAACUCAAAAGAUCAGAGGAUGAGUUUUUUGCUCUGAGAGCAUUGCUGGAGAAGAGAGAGAAGCAGCUGAGAGCAGAGCAGAGUAUUAGAAGACAAGUAGAGCAGCAGUUAGAUCAGUUGGUAAACCGGAGAAUAUCAGGUCAAAUGGAGCUUAUUCAUCCCAGGAAUAGUUUAGAGAGCGAACCUUAUGUUUCCAAUCCUAACAGUAAAUAUAGAUCAACAUCUUCCCUACUCUUCCAGUAGAACAUCAUGCUCGGAGUAAAUAAAUUCAGAUCAAACAUCAUCUCUGCUCUUCCAGUAGGGUUUUUAGUUUACCCUGAAAAUACGUGAACAGUCCCUUUAAAGUCAACCCAGUCUUAAAAUUGCAAAAUAUAGAGCAGCCUGAAUCUAUGUGAGGCAUUACGGACAGGACCUCUGAUGAAUCAUUCCUGUGUUGUGAGGUUAAUGUAGUUUAUGUACAUCAUGGUGGCCUAUUCUAUAAAUAUUGCAUUUACAGUGAUACAUGCUGAUAUUACAGUUAAAGAAGAGAUUCUCUUCAAAUCCGCCAAAAAAAGAAUCAAAGUGCAAAGUGUUUUUAUAAUAUGCAUUUGUGCCAUAUCUUGAGAAUUUUUUUUUAAAUUUAGGUUUUUCGUUUCGUGCAUGAUAAAAAAGCAAAGAUUAAAUGAAAAAAAAAUGUUUACGGCAAAAAGGUGAUAGUUUUCAAGCUUGGGGAAAAAUUAAAAUGUUAGAAAUUUAUUUGAUUAAACAGGUUUGUAUUUUUUCCUUGUUGAUUUUAUUAAUUUAAAACUAAAACUAUUUCCAAAUUAUUUUCAAGAUGAAUUUUCUAUUAAAUGACCUCAUUAUUUUUAGGACACCAAUGUGUAAAGGUUCUCCACACUUAGUAUAACUUAAAUAUUUUUAAGAACAGCAUGCGUAAAAAUUGUCCACAGUUUGUAUAACUAAAAACUACUGUGAUAAAAUAGGGGCAUUUUUUUGAACAAAUGUAUAUUUUUAACCAUAUUUCCCUUUUUACAGGUUUUUUCAACAAAUGAUACCAAAUGUAAAUAUAUGAGAGAAUCUUUUAAUAUCAUAGAAAAGUAUACAUUAAGUGAUAUGAUUGACUAGUCAAUUUCAAAUGCGCAAUUAGAAUUUAUUCUUUAAGAAGGAAAGUCAGAGAAGGAAUUGGAAGGUCCUAAACGGUCGGAGGGGGGGGGGGAUAACGGGGAAGAAAUCAACCCUUUUCUCUUUGUUGCGCCUUUGCGUUAAAAAAAUGUAUGAUUUAUUCACUUCUAUAUAGAUAUUAGUCCAAGGGGAACUAGUUUUAAACCGGUUUGAUGUCUCUAAAUUGAAACUCAGUGUCAACUUUGGUCCAAAGAGCAGUUUUGAACUAAUAUCCUCUGUAAUUAUACUCUCCUGUGAUCAAGUAUAUAUGUAUUACAAUGAUUAAAGUUGAUUAAAUGUAUUUGAUAUAUAUAGUUUAUUGUGAUUUAUCUUAUUUAGAGUGAAAUAAGAAUAAAAAUAUGAGAUGUU